AUAAGAUUUUUAUUCUCCAAAAUCUAUACAAUUAUUCUUCCAGUCACCAUCAUCUCUACAAAUUAACCGAUCAACACUCCCAGUUCUUCAUUACAUCGAUUGCGAUGCGCGUAAAUCUACAAAAGAAGCUCCGGAGGCUACCACACGUGUUUAGCCAGGUUCUUGAGCUCCCUCUCCAAUCACACGCGAAUGUUUUAAUUGAAGAUAGACCCGACUGCUUUAGAUUCACAGCGACUAUCGAGAAUAACGCGUUUAGUGGCCAGGUGAGGGCGCAUGCGGUGAAGAUUUAUCCUGGAGUGACGAAAGUUGUUGUUAGGGAAGGAAAUGGUGAGGGGAAGGUGGAAUUGUGGUUGGAUGAAUUAGAGGUUGAUGUGUGGAGGUUUAGGCUUCCGGCUACAACGCGACCAGAGUUAGCAACCGCGGUUGUUAUGGGGACGAAGCUUGUUGUUACGGUGCCUAAGGGAGGGGGGAGUUAUGGUGGCCGGAAGGUUGGAGCGGUGGCGGGUGGUGGUGUGUGUGUAUUUGUACGGAAAAUGUAGUGCAUGACUAUAGAUGGUAGGUAUGUUAGCAUUGUAAUGCAUCCUUUGAUAUUUUCUUGUAGUAGAUGGCUAGUAAGUAACAUAAUUAAGUUCAUGAGAAUGUUGUUCAAUCCAUAUUUGCAAUUUAUGCCAA